AGACUAGCUUCGGUUGAAGAACGCCUCGGUAAAUUGAUCAAAGAUGAUCCUUCUGUCAUUGAGGAUUCUCUUGCACAAUAUGGUGACCACUACCCCGACAAGAGGAGUAUUCUCCAUAAGAUUGAAGCAGUUGAUAAAUGUUUCAACCAAGAUACUGUUGAAGAAAUUAUUGAUGCUCUGGGUGUUCGUGCACGACUGGUUGAUAAGGAUUUUGCUCCAAAGUGGGAGCCUUCAAGUUUAGGAGAAGUGACCAAGGGCAUGGUUGACUACUAUUUCGCUCCCCUGGAUGAAUCUGAGCCUGAAUUGGACUUGCCCACAACAUUGAGAGAACCGUCCGUUUCAUAG